GAAACGUUUCAGAACAUUAGUCCCUGGCUCUGCACACUGCAGAGCUCCUCUUCUCUCUGGGCCAUGGAACUCUCUGCGGGACUGUUUCUGGGGCUUCUGUUCCUGAUCCUGCUGUGGCUCUUCACCCUGAAGACCCGCAGGACUCUCAACCUGCCCCCCGGACCCGCCGGACUCCCUCUGAUCGGAAACCUGCUGCAGCUGGACAAGAACGCUCCUUUCAAAAGUUUGGUUCAGCUGAGUAAAACCUACGGACCAGUGGUGACCGUGUACUUGGGUCCUCGGAGGGUUGUGGUUCUGAUGGGCUAUGAGGCUGUGAAAGAGGCCCUGGUGGACCAGGCGGAGGACUUCACCGGCCGGGCUCCAUUUCCUUUCCUGACGAAAGUGACAAAAGGCUACGGUUUGGCGAUCAGCAAUGGGGAACGCUGGCGGCAGCUGCGGCGCUUCACCCUGACGACGCUCAGAGACUUCGGAAUGGGACGGAGGGGGAUGGAAGCCUGGAUCCAGGAGGAGAGCAGACACCUGGUGGCCAGGAUCAAAACUACACAAUCAUCACUCUUUGAACCCACCUACUUCCUGAGCUGCUCCGUGUCCAAUGUGAUCUGCUGCCUGGUGUUCGGUCAACGCUUCGAGUACGAGGACGAGCGUUUCCUGCACCUGCUGAAGAUCAUCUCAGAGGUCCUGAGGUUCGGGAGCACCCCCAGAGGACAGUUGUACAACAUCUUUCCUUGGCUAAUGGACAUCAUCCCGGGUCGCCAUCACACCGUCUUCAGCCUGAUGCAGGAGCUAAAUCAUUUCAUCAUGAUCAAGAUCCAGGAGCAUCAGGACUCACUGGACCCGGCCUCACCCCGGGACCUCAUUGACUGCUUCCUCACCAGACUCUACCAGGAGAAGCAGGAUCCCUCCACAGAGUUCCACCACGAGAACCUGGUGGGGACGGUCUUCGAUCUGUUCCUGGCUGGAACAGAAACCACCGCCUCCACAAUCACGUACGCCCUCAACGUCCUCAUCAAGUACCCCAAAAUACAAGAGGAGACGCAGCAGGAGAUCGACUCGGUGGUGGGGCGACAGCGCUCUCCCUCCAUGGAGGACAGGAAGUCGCUCCCGUUCACCGACGCCGUCAUCCAUGAGAUCCAGAGGAUGGUGGACCUUACCCCGCUGGGGGUUCCUCACUACACCCUCAAAGACAUUUCCUUCAGAGGCUUCAACAUUCCCAAGGGCACCGUCAUUAUACCGCUGCUGCACUCAGUGCUGAAGAGUGAGAAGAGUUGGGAGUCACCGCUUGACUUCAACCCUCAACACUUCCUGGACCAGAACGGAAACUUCAAGAGUAAGCGGGCGUGCGUGGGAGAGUCGCUGGCCAGGAUGGAGCUCUUCCUCUUCAUGGUGUCGCUGCUGCAGAGCUUCACCUUCUCCUGCCCGGGGGGACCCGACAGCGUGGACCUGAACCCCGAGUACAGCAGCUUCGCCAACCUGCCGCGCAGGAACCAGAUCAUAGCCACGCCCCGUUGUUGAUGACGCCAUUCACUCAUUCAUGAAUGUGAAUAUAAAGGCACUGGGCGAUCCUGAAAUAUUACCGCCCUCUAGUGGUCCAACAAGAAAGUAAAGGGCUAGAAUUUGGAAAUAAAAGCGAAAAAAAUAAACAGAAACA